AUGUUUAAACUUUUAUUAUUUGUAUUCUUUUAUUCAAUUUCAAUUAAUAAUGCUUCAAGCUUUAAAUAUGACAAUAAUGAUCAUUUAUUGCAAAAGAUCUUUAAAUUCUUAAACAUAAAAGAAAAUGAUAAUAUAGUUAUUCCUGAUACGACUACUGCAAAAAUUAAAACUACAACUGAAGGUACCACCACUGUUAAAACCUCUACUGCUUCAACAAAAACAACCAAAUUAUUAACAACUCAUUUAUCUACUACAACAACCAAAACCUUACCAACCACUACAUUAACUACUAAAACAACAUCAUUACCUACAACAAGUACACUAUCAACUACAUUAUCUACAUUAGAAACAACAACAGAUUUAAGUAAUAUUACAACAACAGAUAAACCAAUAAAUUAUAUUUAUGUUAAAAGUGUUGGAUGGAUGGUUACUGCCAUUAUUUUUAUUAUUGUGGCCAUUAUACAAUUUAUUGCUUUAAUUGUAUUUUAUAUUAAAAGAAAUAAAUUUGGAUUUGGCGAUACUCAAGGGCUUGUUUCUAUUUAAAUAAAGGAAUUUUUGAAGAAAUUAAUAGAAAAUUAAAAUAUUUAAAAAUAAAUAAUGUUAUUAUUUUUAUUUUUUUAUGUUCACAAACUUUUAUUAAAAUAUAAAAACAAUAUAAACAAUAAAUUUCUGUCUCGUUUUAACCCUUUUAAAUGUAAAUCCCUUUAAAUUUUUUAAAUUGGUAUUUAAUAUUUUUUUUGUAUCCACCACACGAAUAAAAUAAACUUUAAAUAAAAAAUUAU